CGGGACGCCGCCCUGCGCGCCCGGAAGCUGCGGGGCAGCCUGGGCCAGCUUGCUCUCAGCGCGGCCGACCCGCUCCAGGCCCCCGACGCCCCCCAGCUGGUGCUGCCGGCCACCGUCGGGGACAUUGAGGUGCUGAACCUGGGGAACAACGGCCUGGAGGAGGUGCCCGAGGGGCUGGCGGCGGCGCUGGGCAGCCUGCGCGUCCUGGUGCUGCGCAGGAACCGCUUGGCCCGGCUGCCCCCUGCGGUGGCCCAGCUGGGCCGGCACCUCACCGAGCUGGACGUGAGUCACAACCGGCUGGCCGCUCUGGGCGCGGAGGCCGUGGGUGCCCUCCGUGAGCUGCGGAAGCUCAACCUCAGUCACAACCAGCUGCCUGCGCUGCCCGCCCAGUUGGGCGCCUUGGCCCACCUGGAGGAGCUGGACGUCAGCUUCAACCGGCUGGCACGCCUGCCCGACUCCGUGUCCUGCCUCUGCCGCCUGCGCGCCCUGGACGCCGACCACAACCAGCUCACCGCCUUUCCGCGGCCGCUGCUGCAGCUCGCGGCCUUGGAAGAGCUGGACGUGUCCAGCAACCGGCUGCGCGGCCUACCCGAGGGCAUCGGAGCCCUGCGCGCCCUCAAGACCCUGUGGUUGAGCGGCGCCCAGCUGGGCACCCUGCCUAGCGGCUUCUGCGAGCUGGCCAGUUUGGAGAGCCUGAUGCUGGACAACAACGCGCUGCAGGCCCUGCCCGCCCAGUUCAGCCGCCUGCAGCGCCUCAAAACGCUCAACCUUUCCUCCAACCUCUUGGAGGAGUUUCCGGCCGCUCUGCUGCCCCUGGCCGGCCUGGAGGAACUGUACCUUAGUCGCAACCAGCUCACCUCGGUGCCGGCGCUUAUCUCGGGCCUGGGCCGGCUACUCACCCUCUGGCUGGACAAUAACCGCAUCCGGUACCUGCCGGACUCCAUCGUGGAACUGACGGGUUUGGAGGAGCUGGCGCUGCAGGGGAACCAGAUCGCAGUGCUGCCGGACAACUUCGGCCAGCUCUCCCGCGUGGGCCUGUGGAAGAUCAAGGACAACCCGCUGAUCCAGCCCCCCUACGAGGUUUGCAUGAAGGGGAUCCCCUACAUUGCCGCCUACCAGAAAGAGCUGGCUCACUCCCAGCCUGCUGUGCAGCCCCGCCUCAAGCUGCUGCUGCUGGGCCACAAGGCUGCAGGGAAGACCUCGCUGCGCCACUGCCUCAUGGAGGACGGGGUGGGGAGGAGCCCCGGCAGAGGGGACCCUGGGGAGGGCUGCCACCCGUCACCUCCACCUGCCAGCAAGGGCAUCGAGGUGACCAGCUGGACGGCCGAUGCUGCCCGGGGCCUGCGGUUUGUCGUGUACGACCUCGCGGGUGACGAGCGCUACGAGGUGAUCCAGCCCUUCUUCCUCUCCCCGGGGGCCCUGUACGUGCUGGUGGUCAACCUGGCUGCCUACGAGCCUGGCCGCUUCCUCAGCACGGUGGGCUCCUUCCUGCGCCGCGUGGGGGCACGGGUGCCUCACGCCGUGGUGUGUAUCGUGGGCACACAUGCAGACCUGUGCGGGGAGCGUGAGCUGGAGGAGAAGUGUCUGGACAUCCACCGCCAGAUCGCCCUUCAGGAAAAGCACGACGCCGAGGGGCUGAGCCGGCUGGCCCGCGUGGUGGACGAGGCCCUGACCCGAGACUUCGAGCUGCGCUCUGCCAGCCCUCACGCAGCCUAUUAUGGUGUUUCCGACAGGAACCUGCAGCGGCGCAAGGCUCACUUCCAGUUCCUGCUCCACCACCGGCUGCAGAUCCUGUCCCCGGUGCUCCCUGUGAGCUGCAGGGACCCCCGGCUGGUGCGGCGCCUUCGGGACAGGCUGCUGUCGGUAGCAGAGCACCGGGAGAUCUUCCCCAACCUGCACAGAGUCCUGCCCCGGUCCUGGCAGGUGCUGGAGGAGCUGCACUUCCAACCUCCACAGGCGCAGCGGCUCUGGCUGAGCUGGUGGGACUCUGCGAGACUGGGCCUGCAGGCGGGUCUGACGGAGGACCGGCUGCAGAGCGCCCUCUCCUACCUGCAUGAGAGCGGCAAGCUGCUGUACUUCGAGGACAGCCCGGCCCUCAAGGAGCAUGUCUUCCACAACCUCACUCGCCUCAUUGACAUCCUCAAUGUCUUCUUCCAGAGGGAUGCAUCUCUGCUGCUGCAUAAGCUGCUCCUGGGGACCGAGGGUGAGGGUGAGGGGGAUGGCUCCGUGGCAGUGGGACUGCCCAGCCCAAGCCAGGACAUGCUCCGGGCCACCCAGCUCCACCAUUACGUGGAGGGCUUCCUGCUGCAUGGGCUCUUGCCAGCUCAUGCCAUUCGGUUGCUGCUGAAGCCUCACGUGCAGGCCCAGCAGGAUUUGCAGCUGCUCCUGGAGCUGCUGGAGAAGAUGGGCCUCUGCUACUGCCUCAACAAGCCCAAGGGCAAGCCUCCGAAUGGGGCCACGGCCUGGUACAAGUUCCCGUGCUACGUGCAGAACGAGGUGCCCCAUGCAGAGGCCUGGAUUAACGGGACCAACCUGGCCGGACAGUCUUUUGUGGCUGAGCAGCUGCAGAUUGAAUAUAGCUUUCCCUUCACCUUUCCACCUGGGCUGUUUGCACGCUACAGUGUCCAGAUCAACAGCCACGUAGUGCACAGGUCGGACGGAAAAUUUCAGAUCUUUGCGUACAGAGGCAAGGUUCCUGUGGUGGUGAGUUACAGACCUGCCAAGGGCGUCCUGCAGCCAGACACCCUGUCCAUUGCCAGCCACGCUUCACUACCAAACAUAUGGACCGCGUGGCAAGCCAUCACCCCACUGGUGGAGGAGCUGAAUGCCCUGCUGCAGGAGUGGCCCGGCCUACACUACGCUGUGCACAUUCUCUGCUCCAAGUGCCUUAAGAGAGGGUCGCCCAACCCACACGCUUUCCCAGGGGAGCUGCUGAGUCAGCCCAGACCCGAAGGAGUGGCGGAGAUCAUCUGCCCCAGGAACGGCAGCGAGCGAGUGAACGUUGCCUUGGUUUACCCUCCCACGCCAACUGUGAUCAGCCCCUGCUCCAAGAAGAACGUUGGCGAAAAGCACAGAAACCAGUGAAUUGUGGCUGUGGAGUUUCUGUGGAGAAAGAGCAUCAGAACUCACCUGGACUGUCUAGGCCGGCGACCCUCCGCACACCCAGCACGUCUGUGGCCCUGACUGGAGCAUUCAGGGUGCUUUCAGGGGACUGUCAACGUGGGGGUGGGAGAGAGUGGGGUGCAAAUGCUUUGCAGCCUGAACCUCAAAACUGUGGCCCUCCAAGGAGAGCACUACUUGAAGAAAAGAAAAAAGUCGAACAGCUUCUCAGGGAUGUGUUCUGUGCACAUAGAAGCCAUAGUUACAGUGCAGGUGGCGGUUUUCGGGACGCUCCGAUUCCAGUUCUGUGAGAUGUGAAGAGGGAGCCACUGACGUUCAUUGCCGUUCCAUGGCUGGUGUAAAAUACGUACAUGUUUACCUUUAUUUUUAUAAUAUGCCAAUGCAUUUAAAUUUACACAGUUUGAAGCUUCUACGUCAGCUAACACUGGGUGCAAUAUUCUGCAUGAGAACUGUGCCAAGAUGGGGCUGGUUUCCUACUUUAAUGCAAGAUUUUUUUGUUCUUUGUUUUUCAAUCCUUCUGAGUUUUUCAAAAGGCAAAUGGCCUGUCUCCUGGUCAGUGCCGGCCCAGAGAGCACCAGUGCUGGUGAGAGCUGUGCACCUUUGGGUGCGGGUCCUGCUGAGGUCAUCCAUGCUGGGCAGAGGGAGUCACACGUGGGGGCCAAAGGAGAGCGUUCUUGGGAUGCCUGAGUCUCUCAGUGGUGAGAGACAGUCAAGAGCCCCUUCUGAGUCCUGUGAGGUGCCUGUUGAUGGGCACCUUUCUCUCCCAAGUGGAGACAGAAAUCGCAGAGCGCUUCGCAGGCUGCACCUCUGGCUGCCGCCCUGGCUGGAGAGCUGGAGCUCCGCUCAGCAAGGCAGAGCCUCUGGUCUGAUGGCUCCCUGCCAAGAACUCAUAGAAAUCUCUGUGGCCCCCCCGGGGGAUGGGGGUGAUUUCUCACUUUCUCUGUCUCUCCAGUGAGCGCACACCAUAUAGCAAAAUCUCUAAAAUGUCCACAUGGUUAAACUGAAAAAGCAAACCAAACCAGUCCCCCUCUAGUCUAUCACUGACUGGGGCCAAACAUCAAAUGUUAAUGUGACACACUUCUCAGAGAGCAUAAAGGAGUCGUUUCCAUCUGCCUGCGCUGUGCGUCCAUCACACGUGUGUAAGACUGAUCCUCACCAGUGUCAGACAGGAGACAGGAGCCAACUGCUAUUACUCCUCCUUAUAGCAUACUGAUUCUUGAAACGCCACAGAUUUCUUACUUUAGCAAAACUUAUAUUUUUAAAAGAAAUGACAAGUAGCCACCAGCCAGAAUAUUUCGUGCCCCAGGAGUUAACCUCACGACACCAGAGUCUCCGGUAAAAUGACAGUGACUUCUGAUCGUAAAAUCAAACGGGAAGCAGGCUAUUUUUGUGUUUUUUAGUAUUGACUACGCACCUCAAGUUCGAGAUUUUGUUUUCUUUUAAAACACAGUCACAGAUUAAUCUAGUGAAUCCUUUUGUCACAGUUCUCGUGUGUGUGUGUGUGUGUGUGUGUGUGUAAAUGUAUUCUGAGUGGUUACAUUUCAUUGAUUUAUGGACCAUCGAAAUGUUGGGCAAUAAGGGUUUUUAAUUGGCAGAAGACAGUUCCUCAACUGUCAAAUUGACCAUUUUUGACCAUCCUUUUGAAAAAGACUUCUAAGUAUCUGACUUUGGACUAACUCCCCAGGGGACCAUGUUAAAUGCAAAAACUGCUCCCUCCAGCCACACCCGCGGUGUGGCUGUCUCGUGAACACGAAUGCCAAGCCCUCAGCACCUGCUGUCUGGCGGGUGGCAUCUGUGCCAUCACCGAACCCUGGGGCAGGGCCACAUGUGACCAAGAAGAAGGGUCGUCAGGAUAGAGGACGUGACCAGCAGAGACUGCAGAAACGCCCACUGCCCACACCAUAGCGAGGAGGGCUGGGGAGACGAGAACUCUGCUGUGCAAGGCCUGCGGGGACCUCACUCUCCCCAGGCCGGGGCUCAGGGCUGGUGAGUCCAACAGGCAGCUCACUAAGCACAGGGGCGUCUCCAACACACGCUCUCCAAGUCGGGGACAACUCUUUCUACUCGUGUCUGACAUUUCUGGGGUUGUGAAGGGGCUACCGGAGAAGUGCUUUCCCCCUUCUAAGAAAACACGAAUGGCAGCGCUUGUAUCUUGACACAUGUGCAUCGGACUCUUUGAAUAAAUACAAGGAAAGGCUUGAUGUGACCCCAGUGGGUGUGUGUGUUUAUUCCAGUUUGUGAUCUGCCCUUGCGACUCUUGUUUCCUUGUCACAAUUGGGGCAGAAAGUUUUUUAAAAUAUCAUUAAAACUACAAAAUAAUGGUUAA